UCUCGCGAGAGCCAGUGGCGCGUAGGGACCAACCCGGCUGAGGUCCGCGGUGCUUUCAACAUCGGUGUCCCAGCGGCUACGUUCCAUUCUCGGGGUCUUCUGCCCCCUCCCGGAAGAGGAAGGGAGGCACAGGUGGGUCUCUCGUGUCGGCUUCCCGGAUCCUGGUGAAUUUUGAAGCGGAGCGUCCGGGGCAGCUAGCUGGCCAGCGGGGAGAGGGCUGCCUGGCCGAGGCCAAUGCCUGCCGCGCUUCCUCGGCGGUAUGAAGACGUCCGAGGAGCCACCGUUAGCGCCCUACUGCCUGUCUGCAGACAAGGCCCCGGCUUCAGCCCGUCUCUCGCCUCAGGCUUCCCCGAUGGAUAAAAACACGGACCCAGAACUGAUGCCACUGACAUCCGAAGGCGAUGAUCCGCCCCGCGUGUCCCCCGAUCCCAUGGCUGGCUCAGCUGUGUCCCAGGAGCCGGAGGAGGGGGACCCCGCUUCUCUCUCCACUUCCCCGGAAACAGGGGUUUGUACUCCCAGUGAGUUGAGCCCUGGAAUCAAGGAGCAAGAACUUUCUGAAAGUGUGAGCCUUCCUGCGGAGGAAACGAGCGGGCCGGAACUGGGGCCUGGAGAAGCCGUGGAAGGUGUGUCUGAGGAGCCUGUUCCUGACGAGGAGGAGGGGUCCACCACUUGGAGCUACAGCUUCUCCCAACUACCUCAGUUUCUCAGUGGUUCCUGGUCAGAGUUCAGCGCCCAGCCUGAGAACUUCUUGAAAGGCUGUAAGUGGGCCCCUGAUGGUUCCUGCAUCUUGACCAAUAGUGCUGAUAACAUCCUGCGGAUUUAUAACCUACCCCCAGAGAUGUACAGUGAAGGGGAACAGCGGGAAUAUGCAGAAAUGGUCCCUGUCCUUCGGAUGGUGGAAGGCGACACCAUCUACGAUUACUGCUGGUAUUCUCUGAUGUCUUCAAGCCAGCCAGACACCUCCUAUGUGGCCAGCAGCAGCCGGGAGAACCCAAUUCACAUCUGGGAUGCAUUCACUGGAGAGCUCCGGGCUUCCUUUCGCGCCUACAACCACCUGGAUGAGCUGACGGCAGCCCACUCACUCUGCUUCUCCCCGGACGGCUCCCAGCUCUUCUGUGGCUUCAACCGGACUGUGCGUGUCUUUUCCACGGCCCGGCCCGGCCGUGACUGUGAGGUCCGAGCCACGUUUGCAAAAAAGCAGGGCCAGAGCGGCAUCAUCUCCUGCAUAGCCUUCAACCCAGCCCAGCCCCUCUAUGCCUGUGGUUCCUAUGGCUGUUCCCUGGGCCUAUAUGCCUGGGAUGAUGGUUCCCUUCUCGCCUUGCUGGGAGGGCACCGAGGGGGCAUCACCCACCUCUGCUUUCACCCCGAUGGCAACCGCUUCUUCUCAGGAGCCCGCAAGGAUGCUGAGCUUCUGUGCUGGGAUCUCCGGCAGCCUGGUCAUCCACUGUGGUCCCUGAAUCGUGAGGUGACCACCAAUCAGCGCAUCUACUUUGAUCUGGACCCGACUGGCCAGUUCCUAGUGAGCGGCAGCACGAGCGGGGCUGUCUCUGUGUGGGACACGGGCGAGGCUGGGCAUGAGAGGAAACCGGAACCUGUGCUGAGUUUUUUGCCUCAGAAGGACUGCACCAAUGGAGUGAGCCUGCACCCUAGCCUGCCUCUGUUGGCCACUGCCUCCGGUCAGCGUGUGUUUCCAGAGCCCACGGAGAGUGGGGACGAGGAGGAACAGGAGGUGGACCUUCCCCUGCUCUCCAUGCGCCACGUCCACCUUGAAUGUCAGCUUCAGCUCUGGUGGUGCGGGGGGAGCCCAGACACCAGUAUCCCUGAUGCUCAACAGGGUGAGAGGGAACAGGGAGGGACAAAAAGAGGUGGGGGUGAGUUUAUAUAAAAAGGUUUUAUAUGA